CGGCUGCCUGGAGAAAUUUCAUCCAAGCCAUCCGACAAUUUUCCACACACCGCCUGCCACGUGAGAAGCAAACCAAACCAAACCAAACCAAACCAGCCAUGGGCAACGAGCACACGCCAAAGAAGGCCAAGAAGGAGAAGAAGGCCAAGAAGGACAAGAAGGAGAAGAAGGAGAAGAAGGAGAAGAACGACACACCCGCCACAGAGGAGGAAAUCCCAUAUGAGGUCCUGGUACAACGCGUGAGCGUCAUCGCUAAGCCUUUGGCAGACAAGAAGCUCACAAAGAAGCUGUACAAGAUGGUGAAGAAGGCACACAAGAACAAGUCCCUGUGUCGUGGUGUCAAGGAAGUCAGCAAGGCAAUUCGCAAGGGCGCUGCUGGCAUCUGCAUCCUGGCUGGCGACGUGUCUCCCAUCGACGUCAUUUCACACAUUCCCGUCAUGUGCGAGGACGCCAAGGUGCCCUACUGCUACAUCCCGUCAAAGAAGGAUCUUGGUGCCGCCGGGCAGACGAAGCGGCCGACGAGCGUGGUGCUUGUGAAGAAGGGCGAUAUCGACGGCUAUGGCGACGCAUCAGAGGAGAUUGAUGCGUUGCCCAGGCCCAUGUAGGCUGCACCUUGCAUGCCGGAUACAGAUGGCUGCAACGGCGGCGGUUGUGAUUGUGAUGAUGAUGGUGGUGAUGGUGGUGGUGGUGGUGGACGAGUCGGUGCCAAAGUGAUUCGACAACGUUAAGAGAAGUCAUUUGUGAUUUUACGACAGGAGGAGGGGGGGGCGGUGGUGAGGUUUUACGUUUGCGCGUGCGUGUGUGCGUGCGUGUGUGCUGGUAGCUUUGAGUCCCAUGCCCUGAGUUUGAUGCGACCGUGCACGAGGGCUUGUGCGCAUCUACAGUGAGCAUGGUGUGCUCCAUGCUGUGCGCGCGCGCGCGCGUGUGUGUGUGUGUGUUACAUGGGCGCCUUCUUUGCCUUUGUGUCGUUUCUUCUGUGUUUGUCUGUGUUGUUUGGUUGUGGCUGUUGUGACAGCCUCGUUUUUUGUGCUGCAUCGCUGUGGUUGUUUUCGCUCGCUCGCGAGUUGCUUGUAAGUAAAGCCAUGAGGUCAUUGCAGUCGUGUCAGAUCACAACACCACUCGGCCCCCUUCAGAAUUACAUCCCGUUUACACAUCA